UGACCCCUGACCUCUGGUCCCCAUCAGGGCUGAUCCAGGGAACUGAAGGAGGCCUGUCGCCUAGGGGACCGUCGCCAUGGCCGACUGGAACCUGCUAGGGAAGCUGCUGGAGGCCGCUCAGACACACUCCACCGUGGUGGGCAAGGUGUGGCUCACCGUGCUCUUCAUCUUCCGCAUCCUGGUUUUGGGCACGGCCGCCGAGAAGGUUUGGGGCGACGAGUCGUCGGGCUUCACCUGCGACACCAAGCAGCCUGGCUGUCAGAACGUCUGCUACGACCGUACCUUCCCCAUCUCCCACAUCCGCUUCUGGGUGCUGCAGAUCAUCUUCGUGUCCACGCCCACGCUCAUCUACCUGGGCCACAUCCUGCACCUGGUGCGCAUGGAGGAGAAACAGACGCAGAAGGAGAAGGACCGCGAGGAGGAGGAGCCGCCGGCGGCCGAAGGUGCAGGAGGAGGAGGAGGAGGAGGAGGAGGAGGCAAGGCCAAGAAGGGGCCGGUGAAGGACGGCCAGGGCCGGGUGCGUCUACAGGGGGAGCUGCUGCGGACGUACGUCUUCAACAUCAUCUUCAAGACGCUGUUCGAGGUGGGCUUCCUCGUGGCCCAGUACAUGCUGUACGGCUUCCAGCUGAAGGACAUGUACACCUGCGACCACUGGCCCUGCCCCAACAUGGUGAACUGCUACAUCUCGCGGGCCACCGAGAAGACCAUCUUCAUCCUGUUCAUGCUGGUGGUGGCCUGCGUGUCGCUGCUGCUCAACCUGGUGGAGAUCUGCCAUCUGGGCUUCACCAAGUUCCAAAAGGGCCUCUGCUUCCUCUGCCAACGCCCGAAGAACGCGGAGCCCAGCGAGACACCCAACUACAACGACUACACGGAUGCGCCGUGGCGCACUGAGAACAAGAGCGACAGCGGCAUCGGCGGAACCUUCGAGAGACCGGAGAACAAGCGAGGGAACGGCAACAAAAAGACGCGGGACGAUGACCUGAAGGUCUAGAGGAGGACGGGGUCAAGGUGGAGGUGGAGGAUCUGAAGGUGUAGCGUAGAACAAGCCAAUGGCCUGCUGCUGCCAGUUAAAGGGGAGGUGAAGGGGCAGAGGUGAUCGGUGGAGACGCUGUGUGUUUACAAGCCAUUAAGGCUGAGUCUCAUUCCUUUGCUUUAAGCAAAAUCUCAGCCCCUAUAUGCCAUUUGAAUGUUGCAUAGGCAUUUUCUUUAAACAAGUACAACCACAACCACUCCCCUCGGCAGCCGACCUGGGGGAGCCUGGCUGCCCGGCCCCGGUCUACGGCCGGGGAGCUGCUGGGCCCAUGUCCCAUUUUGUUCAACAAAAUGGGGCAAUGAUAUCCAUAUUUUCCAUG